UGUUUAUGAAAUUAGUGAAUUGCGGUUAUUGUGUAUAAUGUGUUUUUCAAGGAUGACGUAAAUUAUUAGCUCUUUACAUUACUAAAAUGUUUACAUUAACAACAGUGGCAUUAAGAACUUUUAAGAAUUUUGCUUGUAAAUCUACUAAAACACGUUACCUCAAUGUACUCGGUGUUGAAACUUCAUGCGAUGACACUGGCAUUGCGCUGCUGAACGAAAACGGUGCAGUGCUUGGCAAUGCCUUGAACUCACAGCAAAAAUUUCAUACUAGGUAUGGUGGCAUCAUACCCCCACGCGCACAGGAUUUGCAUCGUGCCAAGAUUGCUGAAGUUUUCGAGCAUUGCAUGCAGGAGGCAAAGAUGACACCUGACAUGUUAGAUGCUGUUGGUGUUACAACAAGGCCUGGUCUGCCGCUCAGUUUGCUUGUCGGUGCGCGCUUUGCUAAACACAUAGCACGAAAAUACAAGAAACCAUUGGUGCCAGUACAUCAUAUGGAAGCACAUGCUUUACAAGCGCGUAUGGAACAAAACAUACCGUUUCCCUUUCUGUGUCUACUUAUAAGCGGUGGACAUUCCCAAUUGGUGUUUGUACGGAGCGCUACACAAUUUCUGCUACUUGGCGAAUCGCUUGACGACGCGCCAGGCGAAGCGUUCGAUAAGAUAGCGCGACGCUUGCGUUUGUUCCUCAUACCAAAAUAUAGUUACUGGAAUGGCGGUCAAGCAGUGGAGGACGCCGCGAAGGACGCGAAAAAUCCCGCCCGCUUUGAGUUUCCCUUACCGUUGGCACGUGAACGUAAUUGCAACUUCAGCUUUGCGGGCAUAAAGAAUAAUGCUUUUCGCAAUAUACGAGCGGCUGAGCGUCAGGAAGGCACACCACCGGAUGGUAUUAUCUACAACUACCACGACUUCUGCGCCGGUUUGCUAGCGGCAGUAAGUCGCCAUUUAAUGAAUCGCACACAACGUGCACUGGAAUUUACACUGUCCUGGUUUGGUGACACGCCACGUUCGCUCGUUGUAUCUGGCGGUGUGGCCAAUAACGAUUACAUUUUCAACGAUCUUGCACAUUUAGCAGAGCACUACGAUUGCCGCGCAUACCGACCGUCGAAGAAAUAUUGUUCGGACAAUGGCGUUAUGAUUGCAUGGAAUGCUAUUGAGCAAAUAAAGCACGACCGCAGCUGCAUGCGCUGGGAUUACGAUGCGGUAAGCACACAAGGCAAAGCAGCGUUGGGUGUAAGUAUGCUGGAUGCAGUUACAGAAGCAGGUAUCAAAUGCAAAUGGGUGCAGGCGUCCAAAUGGCGUGGUGCGCAAUCGCCGCUUAAAGCGGCGCAAUAAAUUGUAGAUUUGUAAAAUUAAAAUAAAGUUUAUAUAGUUUGGCAAAAAAAUA